CCCGGGGCGGUGAAUGCGCGGCUUCAGCGGCCGUCCCUGCGCAGGCGGAGGCUGGCGCCGGCCAUGGCGGGCGGCAGCUCGGCGAGGCGGCUGUGGCAGCUCUGCAACCUGCUUAUGGCCGCCUUCUUCGGGCUGGCGGCUGCCGUGCAGGUGAACGACCCCGACGCCAGGCUGUGGGUGGUUGUCUACUUGGUGCCGGCUGCCCUUACGCUGCUUGUUGGCCUUAGCCCUUCAGUAACAGAAAACGCGGUUUGGAGAAGUCUCUGUGACCUUCAUUCUGCUGGUUGUAUUUUUGGAACCAUUGCUUUGGCUUGUUCUUUGUUUGCGUACACUCAAGGAAACAUUUUGCAUGAAGAGGAAGGCAGAGAGUUAUUUGGUCUGGUGAUUAUUACAAUAUGGAUGAGUCUUUGUCGCAGUUCAGCAAAGAAUCCAUUGGGUGGAAUUCAUCUGACUGCUGCAGUCUUGGUCGCUCUCUUCCCCUUUGUUUCAUGGCUGUACAUUUAUGUGAACAAAGAGAUGCGAGAAUCUUGGCCAGCACACUGUAAAACUGUGAUUUAAUUAGGUGGGAAAAUGUACAUAAAUAUUCUGACCUUAGUGCCUCUGCUUUUUGGUUCUUAAUGAAAGGUUAGUAUCAGUUUGAUAGGACCCAGGAAUGCCUUGUUGCUUCCAACAGUGUAGCUUAGUGUUCGUCAAUAGGCACCAGGAAUAAAUUGAAGAACAUUGUCAAAUCCAAGUGGAGAAUUUUUCUAUGGAAAUUAUUGUUCAGCCUGCUUCUUCACAUGUUUUCAAAGCACUGUUGACCUGAUGAGUGUGCCAAUGUUAAUUAUUCAAAAUAUUCUGGCAUCCCUGGUCCACACUCUCCUCCCAUGUUGUACCUUGGGAAAGCUACUGUUCAGUAACAUAAGGGAAAAGUAUACCAAUCACUUUGUUUCAAUAAAUGACUUUUUAUAGCUGUAAAACUUCCAAGGUAUUCACCUGGAUAGUCCACUGAGAUUCUCUGAAAGAUUAAGCAGUCUGUAUUUCUGUUCCUACACUAAAAUCUUAUGUGUAAAAUCAAUAUAUCUAAAUCAAUGUUUUUAUUAUCUUUGUGAUUACUGUUUUGACAGAGUAGUAAAUUCUAUUUUUCUAAAGAAAAUCCAGUGAAAACUUUAUUUUCUGUGAGAUGCAUGCUUGACUGCCACCAGCAGACAUAGUCACUGUCACAACUCGCAGAAUUUCUGGUCCUGGAAAUCAGAACCCAUGCAGCAACUCAGAGACAGUAACCAUGCUCCAUCAUCACUAAUCCUGGAGAAGAAAGCACAGUAAGUAACAAUCUGUUCAAGAUUGGGUGGUUCAAGUCAACAUUCUGCAUUCAAGUAUAUUUAUUUCAGACACAGUUACUGGCCUUCUCUAUUCUCCAAGAAGAAACUAAGUCUGGUUUCUUACAGAAGUAUAAUUUUUAGAAUUCUGUAUCUGAGAGAAAAACAUAAGUUAAAGCUGUAAGGAUCAGCUGUGUAGAUCUUUCUACAAGCAAAGAAUAUGCUGGAUCCCAUACUUUUUAGUCUGACUACUUCCUGAAGAACAAUUUGUAUAUGUAUGCUUACCGUUUUUAGAAAUACAUAACUCUGUCUGAAAUUCUGCCCCUUCCCUUUAAUACCAUUUUAUCAUCAUAGACAUAAAUAGUUCCAAAGGCAUUGCUUUCUGGUGGAGUUUCAAUAAUCCCCUCCAAAGUCAGAUGAUGAACACCAUGUGAGUCUAAACAAUAGCCACCAUCAUGCAGGUGUCCUGCAAGAAAGCAGACGACGCAUUGAUGAGAGUGUAUGACAGAAAGCGCAUCUUCGUAAUUCCACGCUAAACAAACUUUGUCUGAAGCAUCUGGAUGAAUGGGCAGAUGACCUGCAGAUGAGAGGGAAAGAAGAAGAGUUACUUAAAGCACGUAACAAUGAGAACUUGAGAACUUCAUCGAACCAGUCCAGCUGGGUUUGGCUAAAUCCUCCAUUAAACUCUACAAACUGAGGUUCUUUGAGCCCUGCAAUGAAGAAGAACGUUAGGCAUACGUGCAUACACCUACUGUAACUUCCUUAUGUACUUUUACUUCUGUAAAUCUACGUAUGAGAAAUGG